AUGAAGUCAGCUAUUGCUAUCCUGGCUCUGGCCACAUCGGUCAUUGCUGGAGGAGACCAUAGCGUCCCGGUCGUCACUGCAACCACCUAUGAGACGGUCACGACCUGCCCGGUCACUAACACCUACACUACUGGCGGCUCAACAUAUAUCGAGACGGCUCUAACGACGUCGACUAUUACUGUCACUUCGUGCCCCGGGGGCGACUGUGGAGGAGGAGGCGCGGUCACCAAGACUCUGCCGGACACUACUGUCGGAACCACGACUGAGGUGGAGCUCACGUAUACCACAGUGUGCCCUGUGACCGAGACUACAACGGUCGGCGGCGAGACUAUCACCACCACGUACACCACUACAAGUGUCGCUGUCACCAAGAUUGAGACCACCAUCGUGGAAACCGAGUCAGCUCCGCCAGUCACUGCAACGACAGGCGAAGUCAUCUACAAGACAAAGACCUCGCUCUGUCCCGUUACCGAAACCAAGACUGUCGGCGGCAGCACGACAGUUGUGACAUGGUAUUCAACAUCUACCAUCGUGAAUGUCGUACCCACCACCGUUACUGCGAUUGAGUCAGCUCCGCCAGUUACUGCAACGACAGGCGAAGUCAUCCACACGACAGAAACAUCGCUCUGCCCCGUGACGGAGACCAAGACUGUCGGCGGCAGCACUGCUGUUGUGACUUGGACUUCAACAUCUACCAUUGUGACCGCAGUCCCGGUUACAGAAACUGAUUACACGUCGUUUUCUGUCACCAAGCACACUUCCACCGAGAUCUAUGAGACAGUGACGUGUCCCGAGACGACGUAUACCACAGUGUCAGAGGGCAGCACCAUCUAUAUCACCGAAACCGGCACAGAAUCCGUCUAUGUCACCAAGAAGUACACCAUCACGGACACUAUCCCAGUGACCAAGACCAAGGAGGUUGACGUCACUGUUACUUCCGAGGCGAGUGCUGGCGAGACGGUAACAGCACAGCCAACCGUCUGGGUUACCUACUCGGACAGGACUAUCGUCACCAAGUCGGGGCCUCCGAUCACGAUCACCGCUCCGACCUUGGUUAGCACCACCUACAUUCCCACUCCAACAACAACUAGCAGCAUCGUGCAGAUUACGUCCGGUCUCGCGCCUCGGGCGACUCCUGCUGCCGGCGCACUUUUACUGGGCGCGGCAGGCUUUGCUGCCAUGUUGUAG